GCGGGCGGGCCCGCAGGCGGCGACGGCGGCGGCGGCGACGGCAUGAGGGAGGCGGCCGCGGAGCAGCGGCAGGCGGCGGCCGAGGAAGCGGCGAGCAGGGCCUGCGCGGAGGCGGCGGGAGGCGCCCAGCCCUGGAAGAAAUUCGUGUAUGUCGAGCCGCCUAAGAGAGUGAAGGAGAUCCUGGAGGAAGAGCUUUAUUUUCGGAGAGACGAAUGUCAAAUUAAACAGCCGGCCGCAGUGGCUCUGGAAGGCAUUUGGAGCGUGAAAAGAAAUUUAUCUAUGGAAGGCCUGAAGCCAGCAUCACAGAACAGGAACAGUUUACUUUCACAACCUAAGUACUACUCCAGGCACGGAGGAAUAAGAAGGUGAAAAGCAGCAUCUCCCUUUACAGAGGACCCCCGGCAAAGGGCAGAUGCACCUGUGUGUUACCAAAACUACAUCAUUUUUUUGCAGCAAACUCCAAGUACCACCAGCUAGAAUAUGUAUAA